AUGGGGUGGAGCGGACCAUUAGGGUUGCCGGGAGCCAUGUUGGUGUUGAAUGAAGGGAGGGUGAGGAGAUGCUGCGCCCGGAGAGUCUGCCUGAGACAAGGGAGGGAGACUAUGGCUGCUCUGCUGUCAGGAACAAGCCUGUCUUGCCAUCUCCUCCCGCUGCUUCUCCUCCUCAGCAUCCCUUUGUUCACUUCCAGCCUGGGAAAGCAUGCAUGGACCUGGGAGGCAGCUGGGGACCGGUCCCAUACCCCCCAACCAGCCUUGGACAAGCAGAAGCUGAGCCCUGAACACACAGGGGCCACCACCAAAGGGCUUCAUUCACACAUCAAGUGGGCUACUGUGACCCAGUGCAUGGAGAGAGCCUGUGAGGCCAGGGGCAAUGGCAGCCAGGAGGGCCUGUGUGCCUGGGGGGCUUUAUGUGGCCCCUCCACUGGAGCCCUGGCAAGGCUGAUCUCUGAAGACAUCUCAAGAGGGUGCAGCUUCCCAAAGUGCAUGAACAGGACAUGGGUGCCAAGUCAAUGCAAGUGGGUACGUGUGGAGUGCCACCCCAAGAAGGGGAAGCCAAGUGGCACAGGAGGCACCUGUGUUUGUCUGCCAAAAUCCGGAUCAGUGCCUCCACCCUGUAUCCAUAGGACCAAGACCCAGGAGGGCUUAAAGGGACAUCCAUCCAAUAUUCAGGGGAAAGGGGGAUCUCUCCUCUCUUACUGGAUUACAAAAUCACAUCUCCUGCCUAUCGAUUCCAAAUGCAUUUGGAUAUCGCUGCUCCUCUUCGGACCCCAUUGCCUUAAGAUUCACAGCGGAGACAUUGUAUCGCAACACUGCCAGCCAAGGUUCAAAUUCAACGGUGCCACGUUCAGCAAUAGGAAAGUAAAUAAGAGGAUUCUAACCAAACACAUCGUGAAACAAUGUAUCCAGCUGGAUUGUGACAGGUAUGUCAGUGAUCCCAGAAUAAGAAACAGUUGCCUUUCCAACGUGAAUUGUUGUAUUGUCUUCCUCUUGCAAUGCUUUUCUAGUACUUUGUCGUGUUCCGUGAGAUCGGAAAAGGAAGCAGAUCAGCCGAAGAACAUCGAUCUGGAUUCGGAUGGCUUUUUUGGGGUGGGUUUUUGGCUCCAGGACCUGCAGAUCAGCAACCGCAGCUCGUCAUUGUUGCUCACAGCUUUGUUUAAAGGGGGCAUCCGGUGUCAUUGUGCUGAUGACAAGGGGGUCUUCAGAUCUGCCUGCGACAGGGAUUUAAUUUGGGACUGCCUGAUCCUUGUGGUUUACUCUGGUCCAGACACAAGGGACUUGCUUGAAGGGAUACAACAGAAUGUGCUCCAGUUUAGGAAGCAAUGCCAGAAGUGUCCAAAUCUACCCCAAAUUAAACCGAGAGACUUGUGCCCGGAGCUCUGGAGGGGUAAAAUAUGCUUCUUUCACAUGCAGGAAAACAAUACUCUUUUAAAUCAAUCUGUAGACCAUGUAGUGCUUUGCAUAAGCAAAUGUUGUGCUAACCUGUCACUUCUGGGCAGUGAAGAAUACUCGUCCCUAUUUAAGUUUUUGGGGACCCCUUCUCUAUGCGUGCACAAUCGAUGUUGGGGUGUAUCAGCUUGUAAUCAGUCCUGUGAUCUGAAUGAUUGGAUCUACAGACGAUUUAAAAGCCAGCCCUGGGGCAGCACGUGGGGAGAGACUUCAGCACCAGGAGAUGGGACAGCUCCCUCUGUAGCUUCAGCAACUGCUGCUCUCAGGUCCUCAGAGCAUCCCCUGGGAGAUCAACUGCAUCCAAAAAGACCCUGCUCUGUGUAUUUCCCAUUUAAUUCAACCAAAGGUUGCUCAAAGACUGCUUUUCCAGACAGGGAUCUCCAGCAGGCAACAGCCACCGAUCUGUACUCUCAUCAACAAUUAGCAAACAGCAAAACUAUGCAGCUUGAUCCAUUUCAACCUUCUCAUAUAUCACAUUCACAGGGUGUCAGGCAAAGGGGCAGUGGGAGGAGUAGCAUGAGGGAAUCCCUGCCAUUAAUAAGAACUCGCAGGGCAGCUAACCGCCAUCCUCACUUCCCCCAGUAUAAUUAUCAGGUUCAGGUGGCUGAAAAUCAGCCCCCUGGGACUCCUGUUAUAACCAUGACUGCACAAGACCCAGAUACAGGGGAAUCGGGAAAGCUUUAUUACAGCAUGGAUGCUCUGAUGAAUAGCAAGUCUUUGGAACUGUUCAGUAUAGACUCAGUGACCGGUUUGAUUUCCACUAUUGAAAUCCUAGAUAGGGAAAGUAUGGACUUGCAUUAUUUCAGAGUCACCGCCGUAGAUCACGGAACCCCCCGCCUUUCUGCAACUACAAUGGUUGCCAUUACUGUCAGCGACAGAAAUGACCAUAGCCCAGUGUUCGAACAGGCAGAAUAUAGAGAAAGUAUUAGGGAGAAUGUGGAGGAAGGAUACCCCAUCUUGCAGCUGAGGGCCACCGAUAUUGACUCCCAAGCCAACGCCAACAUCAAAUACCGCUUUGUAAAUGAACAAGCCGCCCAUUCCGUUUUUGAGAUCGACUCGAGGUCUGGUUUAAUUACCACAAGUGGACAAGUAGACAGGGAGAAGAGGGAGAAAUAUUCUCUUAUUGUUGAGGCUAGUGACCAGGGGAAGGACCCUGGCCCUAGAUCUUCUACUGUCAAAGUUGAAAUUAACGUUCUAGAUGAGAAUGACAAUGUGCCCCAGUUUAGCGAGAAAAGAUACAUUGUUCAGGUGAGAGAAGAUAUAAGACCUCACACCGAGAUCUUAAGGGUUACAGCAACAGACCACGAUAAAGACAGUAACGCUUUGGUUCAUUAUAACAUCAUAAGUGGUAACAGUCGGGGACAGUUCUCCAUAGAUAGUGUAACUGGGGAGAUACAGGUGGUUGCACCUUUGGAUUUUGAAACAGAGAGGGAGUACACACUCAAGGUACGGGCCCAGGACGCUGGUCGCCCUCCACUUUCAAACAAUACUGGCAUGAUAAGUGUUCAGGUUGUAGACGUCAAUGACCAUGCCCCUAUAUUUGUAAGUACCCCAUUUCAAGUCAGUGUGCUAGAAAAUGUGCCCCUGGGUCACUCUGUGAUUCACAUCCAAGCAGUAGAUGCAGAUUAUGGAGAAAAUGCCCGCAUGGAAUACAAAUUAACCGGUGGGAAGUCGGAUACCCCCUUUGUAAUCAAUAGCGCUACUGGAUGGAUUACAGUAAGUGGAUCCUUGGACAGAGAGACUGUAGAACAUUACGUAUUUGGAGUAGUCGCCCGAGACCAUGGCGUUCCUUCUCUGUCUGCAUCUGCUAGUGUUACAAUUACAGUUCUGGACGUGAAUGAUAAUCGCCCAGAGUUUACCCAGAAGGAGUAUUUUAUUCGCUUAAAUGAAGACGCUCCAGUGGGAACCAGUGUUCUCAGUAUAACUGCCAUUGACAAGGAUGUGAACAGUGCUAUCACCUAUCAGAUCACUGGUGGAAAUGUCCGAAACCGUUUUUCCAUUAGUUCACAAGGGGUAUCGGGGCUGAUCACCUUGUCCUUACCCCUUGACUACAAGCAGGAAAGAAGGUAUGUCCUAACAGUUACCGCCUCCGAUCGUAUUCUUCAUGACAAUUGUUACGUCCACAUAAACAUUACCGAUGCAAACACCCAUAGGCCGGUUUUUCAAAGUGCACAUUAUCCAGUGGACAUUAACGAGGAUCGUCCCAUUGGAAGCACUGUGGUGAUUAUCAGUGCAACGGACGAAGACGUCGGAGAGAAUGCCAGGAUCACGUAUUCUCUGGAGGACAUUAUCCCCCAGUUCCGUAUAAAUCCAGACACUGGAGCCAUCACUCUACAGGCACAGCUGGACUAUGAGGACCAGAUGACUUACACUCUUGCUGUUGUUGCUAAAGAUAAUGGAAUCCCCCAAAAAUCGGACACAACCUACGUUGAAAUUAUAGUGAAUGAUGUCAAUGAUAACGCACCACAGUUUAUGAACACACAGUAUCAUGGGAUAGUUUCAGAGGACGUCCCACCCUUUACCAGUGUCCUCCAGAUUUCUGCCACCGACAGGGAUUCUCAUGCCAAUGGACGCGUUCAGUACACUUUUCAAAAUGGAGAAGAUGGUGAUGGGGACUUCACAAUUGAACCAACCUCAGGGAUCAUCCGUACCGUCCGAAAGCUGGACAGAGAAAGUGUCCCUAUCUAUGAGUUGACAGCUUAUGCUGUAGAUAGGGGCAUGCCACCUCUGAGAAGCCCAGUUCGUAUUCACGUGGCUGUCCAGGAUGUCAAUGAUAACGCCCCAGUCUUUCCAGCAGAUGAAUUUGAGGUUUUUGUCAAAGAAAACAGCAUUGUGGGAUCAGUAGUUGGCAAAAUCAAAGCCACAGAUCCUGACGAAGGUCCAAAUGCACAGAUAAUGUACCAGAUCGUGGAAGGCAACAUUCCAGAAAUAUUCCAGAUGGAUUUCUUUUCCGGGGAGCUCACAGCCCUUAUAGAUCUAGAUUACGAAACGAAGGCUGAGUACGUUAUCGUGGUACAGGCCACCUCCGCUCCACUUGUUAGCCGCGCCACAGUUCGAAUUAAGCUUAUUGAUCAAAAUGACAAUAGUCCUGUACUAAAGAACUUCCAGAUCCUCUUCAAUAAUUACGUCUCCAACAGUUCCAACACCUUCCCCUCCGGCGUUAUUGGGAAGAUACCCGCAUAUGAUCCAGACGUUUCAGACAGACUCUUCUACACCUUCGAGCGUGGGAAUGAAUUAAAUUUACUAAUAGUUAAUCAUAGCAGCGGGGAACUUAGGCUCAGUAGAAAGCUGGACAACAACCGAUCUUUGGUGGCAUCAAUGCUUGUGACGGUGUCAGAUGGGAUCCACAGCGUGACAGCUCAGUGCGUCCUUCGAGUCCUCAUUAUCACCGAGGAUAUGUUGUCCAACAGCAUCACCGUACGCUUGGAGAACAUGUCUCAAGAACGUUUCUUGUCCCCGCUACUUGCCAGUUUUUUGGAAGGAGUGUCUACCGUGCUGGCCACCCCAAAGGAAGAUAUCUUCAUUUUUAAUAUCCAGAACGACACGGAUGUGGCUGGCUCCAUACUCAAUGUUAGCUUCUCAGCGCUGCUUCCAAGCGGUGACCGUUCCCAGUUCUUCAGCUCCGAGGACCUGCAGGAACAGUUGUAUAUGAAGAGGAUGACCCUGACGUCGGCCUCCAUGUUGGAGGUUCUCCCCUUCGAUGACAACGUCUGCCUCCGGGAGCCCUGCGAGAACUACAUGAAGUGCAUCUCUGUACUUAAGUUUGACAGCUCGGCCCCUUUCAUCGCCUCGGAGUCAAUCCUUUUCCGGCCCAUCCACCCCAUCACUGGACUGCGCUGCCGGUGCCCACAGGGUUUCACUGGUGAUUACUGCGAAACGGAGAUCAACGUCUGCUAUUCAAACCCCUGCAAAAACAGAGGACUGUGCGUCGGCAGAGAAGGCGGCUACACGUGCGUUUGCCAAGAAAGGUUCACAGGUGACAAUUGCGAAGUGGACAGUGGCUCUGGACAGUGCAUUCCUGGCGCUUGCAGAAAUGGCGGAACGUGUACGAAUUUGGCAGAAGGGGGCUUCACGUGCCACUGCCCUCCUGGCGGGUUUGAGAAGCCCUAUUGUGAGCUGUCAACCCGUUCGUUCCCUCCAAAAUCCUUUGUCAUGUUCAGAGGACUCCGGCAGAGAUUUCACAUGACCCUCUCUCUUUCGUUCGCCACCAAGGAAAGAAGCGGUCUCUUGUUCUACAACGGGCGCCUUAACGAGAAGCAUGACUUCAUCGCUGUGGAAAUUAACGACGGGCAGGUGCAGCUAAAAUACUCCACUGGUGAAUCCAGCACUUUGGUGACUCCGUAUGUACCUGGUGGCGUCAGCGAUGGGAAGUGGCAUACUGUUCAGCUGCGUUAUUACAACAAGCCCAAAACAGGAUCCAUGGGAGUGGCACAGGGGCCCUCCAAGGAGAAAGUUGCUGUUCUGGCAGUGGAUAAUUGUGAUAUUUCCGUGGCAUUGAAAUUUGGCAGCGAGAUCGGAAACUAUUCAUGCGCAGCCGAAGGGGUGCAGUCCAGCUCCAAGAAAUCCCUGGAUCUCACUGGUCCCCUUUUGCUCGGAGGAGUCCCGAAUCUGCCUGAAAACUUUCCCGUGACACAUAGGGAGUUUAUCGGGUGUAUGAGGGACCUGUACAUUGACAGCAAAAAAAUCGAUAUGGCUUCUUUCAUUGCAAACAAUGGAACAUCUCCAGGCUGCCAUGCAAAAAAUUCAUUUUGUGACUCCAACCCGUGUAAAAAUGGGGGCAGCUGCUCAGUAACUUGGGGAACGUAUACCUGUGAUUGCCCUUUAGGAUUUGGUGGCAAGGACUGCAGGAUCGCCAUGCACCAUCCACACUAUUUCAACGGGAGCAGCAUCUUGUCCUGGGAUUUUAAGAACGAAGUGAAAGUUUCCAUCCCGUGGUUUCUCGGGCUGGCGUUCAGAACACGAAAGGCACAUGGGGUGUUACUUCAGGCGUACGCUGGACAGUACACAACCAUCCUGUGCCAGCUUGUCUCUGGCCUGGUGUCAUUCUCUGUCAGCCGUGGGUCCAGCCGAACGUCCACUCUCCUCAUGGAUCAGAUGAUGGUGAACGAUGGAAGGUGGCAUGAUCUUCAGCUGGAGCUGAGAGACGUGCGCAGCGGCCGGGAGACACGUUAUGUCAUCACCAUCAACCUGGAUUAUGGGUUCUACCAGGACACGGUCACUGUUGGCAAUGAGCUGCAUGGUCUAAGGGUCAAACAUCUGUACGUCGGAGGAGCCCUGGGGACACAUGAGGUGCAGAACGGUUUAGAAGGCUGUAUUCAGGGCGUUCGUCUGGGGGAGUCACCGAGUGGCAUUACUUUGCCCAAGCCAAGCAAUGCAUUGAACGUCAAGAGCGGUUGUAGUGUUCCCAAUGCCUGCGAUUCCAGUCCAUGCCAGGGUAACAGGUCAUGCGUGGCGGAAUGGAUGGGUCAUUCAUGUGUGUGCAACCCAGGAUAUUAUGGGGGGAACUGUGUUGAUGUUUGUCAGUUGAACCCCUGCGAGAACAAAGGGGUUUGCCGCCUUCACCCAAGUACGCUUUUGGGUUAUACCUGUGAGUGCAGAGAGAACUAUUUUGGACAGUACUGUGAACAAAGGUUGGACCGACAAUGUCCCAAGGGCUGGUGGGGGAACUUAACUUGUGGCCCCUGCCAUUGUGACAUCAGUAAAGGUUUUGACCCAGACUGCAAUAAAACAAAUGGACAAUGUCACUGCAAGGAGUUCCAUUACCGUCCCAAAGGAAGUGAUACCUGUUUGCCUUGUGAUUGUUAUCCUAUUGGCUCAUCGUCGAGGUCAUGUGAUCAAGACACAGGCCAAUGUUACUGCAGGCCUGGUGUGAUUGGACGUCAGUGCAACAGCUGUGAUAACCCCUUCGCUGAGGUGUCACCUAGUGGUUGCGAAGUUAUCUACGACGGGUGCCCAAAAACAUUAACAGAAGGAGUCUGGUGGCCCAGGACCAAAUUUAGCCUCCCUGCCGCUGUACCCUGUCCAAAGGGCUCCCUAGGGGCUGCCGUCCGACACUGUGACGACGUGAGGGGUUGGCUGGAACCCGAUCUGUUUAACUGCACCUCGCCUGCUUUCAUGGAGCUCUCCGCUCUGCUGGAUAACAUUGAAAGAAACGAAACCGAGCUUAAUACCCACGAAGCCAAGAAGCUGGCCUUACGUCUUCGGUCUGUGACGGACCGCAUGGAUCAGUAUUUCGGGAAUGACGUUCAUGUUACGUUCCGCCUGCUGUCUCGUCUGAUGCAGUUUGAGAACAAGCAAGAAGGCUUUGGUUUAACAGCAACACAAGAUGCCCAGUUUACAGAGAACCUUCUGAGGUCCGGAAGCUCCAUUCUGACGUUACGGAACCGAGAACACUGGGAGACUCUGUUACAGAAUGAGCAGGGCAGUGCCAGGCUUAUGGACCUGCUCCGAGAAUACAGCAGUACUCUGGCCAGGAACAUGAAGCUCACCUACCUGAACCCCGUCGGCUUGGUGACCCCAAAUAUUAUGCUUAACAUUGAACGGGUGGAUAACCACAUUCCAGCAAGAAGGCACUUCCCAAGAUACCAGAGUAAUAUAUUUCGGGGCCAGGUGCCCUGGGAUCCCCAAACCCAUGUAGUGCUUCCCGUCUCGGUCAUCACAUCACCAAAAACCGAAGCACAACCUACAAUGUCUCCGGUACCAACCACCCCUAAGACCAACCUGACCGCUGGAAUAGCCCCAUCAAAAAGAAUCGUACCUGAUCCAGAACCAGCAGCCACCAUCCUGAUACUCAUCGUCUACCGGACUUUAGGAGAGCUACUCCCUGCACGAUAUAACGCAGACAGACGGAACUUCAGGCUCCUGAAGAAUCCAGUAAUGAAUUCACCCAUUGUCAGCGUGUCCGUGUUACGGGACCAGUCCUUUAUCCACGGGACAUUGGAUACUCCGUUUGUUCUAGAAUUCCGCCUCCUGGUGACGGAGAAUCGGAGCAAGCCUCUCUGUGUGCAGUGGAACCAGACUUCCCAAGUCGAUCCUCCAGGGAGUUGGACGGCAAAGGACUGCGAUCUGAUUUAUAGGAACUCUACCCACGUACGCUGUCAAUGCUCCCAGUUUGGAAGCUUUGGAGUCCUCAUGGAUGGAUCCCACCGAGAGCAGCUGGAGGGUGAUCUGGAGACCCUGGCUAUCGUCACUUACUCAUCAAUAUCCAUCUCCCUGGUGGUUUUAUUGGCAACAUAUUCCAUUCUCACCUUUCUGAAGGGAGUGAAAUCCAACACCCGUGGUAUCCACUCAAACAUAGCAAUGGCGCUCUUCUUUUCAGAACUUGUGUUUUUAUUGGGCAUCUCCCGCACAGAAAGCGAGUUCCUCUGCACCGUGAUAGCCAUCCUGCUGCAAUAUUUCUUCUUGUCCACCUUCGCUUGGCUUUUUGUGGAAGGUCUUCAUAUUUAUCGUAUGCAGACGGAAGUCAGAAACAUCAACUUUGGUGCAAUGAGGUUCUACUAUGCCAUUGGCUACGGUGUUCCAGCCAUUAUUACCGGCUUGGCAGUGGGACUGGAUCCAGAAGGAUAUGGAAACCCUGACUUUUGUUGGAUAUCAGUCCAUGACAAGCUUGUGUGGAGUUUUGCUGGACCAAUCGCUGUUGUCAUUGUGCUCAAUGGCGUCAUGUUCCUCAUGGUGGCCAAGCUGUCCUGCUCCCCUGGACAAAAGGAAACCAAGAAGAAAUCUGUGCUCACGACUCUGCGAAGCUCCUUCAUCCUUCUCCUGUUUGUUAGCACAACGUGGCUUUUUGGGCUGUUGGCUGUAAAUAACAGCAUUCUGGCAUUGCACUACCUGCAUGCUAUUCUCUGCAGUUUGCAGGGUCUGGGUCUACUGAUACUCUUCUGUGUGUUGAACGAAGAAGUCAGAGAGUCUUGGAAAUCGAUCUGUCUUGGGAAGAAGGGACAAGGAGAAGAAACUUCACGCCAGACCCAAAUUGGGGGACCUAAUGCUUAUAAUAACACAGCGCUGUUUGAAGAGAGCGGCCUUAUUCGGAUUACUUUAGGAGCGUCUACAGUGUCCUCGGUCAGCAGCGUUCGUUCUGCACGGACUCAUUCCAGCCACAGAGCGUACCUGAGGGAUAAUAUUGCAGCUCGGCAAGGAUCUGCGGUGGAUCCCAGCCUGCUGAGCCACCACUCGGGUCCUACAGACCUUGACAUCGCUAUGUUCCAUCGAGAUGCGGGUGGAGGGGAGGAUUCAGACUCGGACAGCGACCUGUCCCUAGAUGAGGAGCGCAGCUUAUCGAUUCCAUCAUCAGAGAGUGAAGAAAAUGUGCGCCCUCGCGGCAGGUUCCAGCGUCAGUUCAAACGGGCAGCGCACAGCGAGAGGCUGCUCACCAAUCCAAUUAAUCACAGCCCCAAAGAUGUGGAUGGCAACGACCUGAUGUCCUAUUGGCCAGCUUUGGCGGAAAGCGAGGGUCAAUCUAAUUCAUUGCAAAAGUGGGGUUCUGAAAGGAAACUCGGACUUGACCUGAACAAGGACGCUGCGAACAAUAACCAGCCGGAUCUGACCAGCGGCGACGAGAACUCCUUAACCCAUUCUCAUAGGCAAAGAAAAGGUAUUCUGAAAAACCGUCUUCAGUACCCGCCUGGCUUGGCAUCCAUGGGCAGAGUGACAAAUGAAUUAUCAUGGUAUAAAACGUCCACGCUGGGCCACAGGGCCGUCCCGGCAGCUUCUUAUGGCAGAAUGUACUCCGGCGCUGGCAGUUUAUCUCAACCAGCCAGCAGAUACUCUUCUCGGGAACAGCUGGACAUGCUAAUGCGAAAGCAGAUGUCCAGGGAGCAGCUGAGUAGAAACAAUUCCAGAGAACUUCUCGAAGCUGUACCCAGCAGACAUGGAUCUAGGGAGCAACUAGAUACCAUACCUAGCAGACACGGAUCACGAGAGCACCUGGAUAAUAUUUCUAGUCGGCAUGGUUCUAGAGAACAUUUAGAAAGUCUAGCGAGCAGGCAUGGGUCUCGAGAACACUUAGCCCAGCCAGAUAUCAGGAGAGAUCACUUGAAUGCGGUGGCUAAAAAGUACGGUUCUAGAGAGCAUCUAGAGACGUUACAAAGCAGAUUUGGAUCAAGAGAACAAAUUGAUCCUGGGCCAGUGCGAGAGUUGUCUCGGGAGUGGGUAAACACUAUGCCCCUUCGGCAAGGAUCCAGAGAGCAAAUGGACUCUUUAUUAUACCGACAAACUUCUAGGGAACAACUAGAUGUUCUGUCUAGAAGACAGCCUUCAAGGGACCAGCUAGCGUCAGCUAGGCAACCUUCAAGAGAACAAUUAGACUUUUUAUCCAGAAGAUCUAAUUCCAGAGAACAACUGGAUACAGUGCCUAGUACACAUUCAUUGAGAGAAAAUCUAGAGCCUCUUUCUAGGAGGCAACCAUCCAGAGAAAACCUAGAACCCCUCUCCAAAAGGCUUCCUUCUAGGGAUAACCUUGAACCCCUUUCUAGAAGACAACCUUCCAGAGAAAAUCUAGAAGCUAUUCCUAGUCGCCACCCGUCCACUGAACAGCUGGAUAUCCUUUCGUCAAUUCUUGCUUCAUUUAAUACUACGGUUCUUUCCUCCAAUACCAAUUCGGUCCAGCAGACAGCGACCCCAUCAGCACAGAAUUCCUCAGCUCCUUCUGUGCUGUGUUCAUCGACUCCUCAUUCUACAACAUCACACAGCGUCUCCGAGAUGUCUGCCGACUCUGAAUUAGUGAGAAAUGAUGCUCAUUCCUGAAAAAUCUGGUCAAGGUCAACUUUAAAGGAGAAUUGCACGCAGCCGCGUCCGCGAGCACCUGGUUACAUAUUUGCAAACAGAGGUUUGUGAUCUACGAAGUCCUGAGAGGAAGGAGAAGGUCAGGAAUCUCAGGUAAUCCCCUUCACCAACAAUGACGACGACAGCGUAACAAUCUAAGCAAGUCGGGAAAGCGAAAGAAAACAAUACGCAAGAGGCGCAAGCUACAUCAAAAGUAAGCAAAAAAACAAAACAGAAAAAAAAGCUGAGGCCACCGCCGUAUCGACCUGUCUACAGAAGAUUCCUUUCAAAAUGUUUCCAUCGGUGGAGCAGAGAGUACGAGAAACUCAAUAGACUCUUUUUAUACAUUUUGUAUCUUUGUAACCAGAGCUAAAAGAAUUUUUAUCCUUAUUUUUACGGACUUUAAUGUCGAUGUCAUUCCAGUGCAGAUGCUGUUAAUUACCGGGGUACUUUAAAAUUUAAAGGACCUCGAGUGUUUUGGGGAUGGGGGGAGGAUGAUUGGAUCUCGAGAGCUAAGUGGAAGGCCCAUACGAUUCAUUUCUGAAUUAGGAAGAAGGCAGACGGGCUGAGUGAGAAAUCAUUUGAUGUGCUGUGAGUGAGUUUAAUCCUUUAUCAAGCAUUUUUUUUAUAGUAUUACUGCACAUCUGGAUCAGAAUCAGCAUUAUUCCCCUAUAUGAGUUUGUGCCCCCCCCGCCUCUAAAUGAUGUCAGCAAGGCUUUACGAUUCAGAGACAAAAAAAAGGUCCUGUUCCACCUAUUCCGUUAACUCAAUUUAGAAUUAGAAACAUCUUUCCUAGUGCUGCUGGAUGCCCACAAAAUUAUUAAAUUCAAAAUAUUUAAUCAUAGAAUAUGUUGUAUUGUAUUUGCCGGGGACACUGAAUUAUCACUUGAUCCAAAAGCGGGCACUGAUAGGCUGACUCUAUAGAAACAGAAAAAUCUUCAUUAAAGUUUUUAGGCUAUUUUUAUUUGGUUAAACCUUCAGAAAGCAGAAUAAAAUGACAGAUCGCAUUUAUUUGCUUAACGUACCAGAGAGCGCAGUUAAAGUUUUGGGGAACAACGCCUUUAAAGGACACUUGAAAAAUGUCACAUGGGGUCGGUUGGAAAUGUAACAUUUUCUGCUUUGCGCAGAAUUUUCAUAGGAAUAGGUAAUUUAGAUAAAUAUAUGGACCAAAGCAAGCCCAAGGUUAAUCGGUUCUUUAAUAUUGAGGUCAGGAUACCUUGUAUUGUGUUAUUAUGUAUCGGCAGCAUCAAGGCUUUACAAAUGAGGUAUUAUUCAGGCAACUUUUACAGCGUUUUACUGUUUUUACCAGACACGUGGAUUCAUUAUUAACACAUUCAGUCAUUUAGGAGGUUUUGUUACACCUUUCACACGCUAUUGCACCAAGACUGUAGCAUCCAGAAUAAUCCCAGUAGAUGAACAAAUGUUAGGUAUUGUGUAAGAAACAGUAUUCUUUUAAUCAAUUACCAUUGUUUUUUUGAUACAUUGUGGAAAUUGUUUUAUCUCCAACCCCUAGCGAUUCUUCUUUCUCCAUAGAACCAAAAAUUGGAUUUAUAUGUUUAUAAAGUUAUUACAGACCUUUAUUGGCUUACUGAAUUAUAAUAGAUUGCAAGCUCUCAAGACUAGGUCUCAUCCAUAAUAUGCCUGAAGAAGAACCCUAGUCUUGCAAGCUUCCAAUUUAAUUCAGUAAGACAAUAAAGGUAUCCAGUUUGCCAUAUUUGAACUUAAAACAUUUGUAUCCACUUCUUAGUAUGUAAUAAUUAAUUACAAAUAUAUAAAUCACCAAAUACAUUAAAUUAGAAUAGAAUAGAAAUAAAAUACACCACUAGAAGGGGACUGGAUUUUCAAAAUUGGACUUGGUGUUUUAUUGUUUCCUAAAAAAAAAUAAAAAAUAAUUUCCAUGAUCCAUCAUGACUACAUAAUAAUUUAAAUAAACAUCCUAAUUAUUAUGUUUCUGUGAGCAAAUCUACCAAUUAACAUACCGUCAUACAAUUAAAAAUCAUUGUAUUAACUGGAAUUCAGACGUAUUAUAAAAAUAGAUGUAUUUUACUGGGUAGACUUUUGCACGUGAUUUGGAUCCGCGUGAUAAUUCAAUUAUAGGAUGACAUAUCAAACAAUAUAAAAAAAGAAAUCAAUCUACAUCCGGCCUUUGAAAGAAUAAUAUUCACCUUUCAUGGGAACUUGAAAUGUAGAAUUCUUACGAUCUUACGAAAUGUAUCGAAAAACACAGAUUAUUCUAAAAUAAAACACAAAUGUGGAAUCUUCUGAAUGAACACUUUUGAUGCAAUUUGAAAAAUGGUGCAGUAUGCUUAUAUAUACAUAUAUAUAUAACAUUGAAUGUAUAUAUGCAUACGUUUAUGUGUGUGUGGUUUCUGUGUGUUUUAGUUCAUAUAUUCUUGUUAUCUGUUGUUUUAACAGAAAAAAAGGACAAACUUGUUUACAUUAUUUUUUCAGGAUGUAUAUAAAGAAUGAGAUCUAAAAUUCUAUUUGUUACAUAUUUAUAUGACUGCCUAUUUAUUUUAGUUACGUGAUCCGUUUGUAAGCUCAUUUGUUUUUUUUCUUUUGUGUUUUGAUAUUUAUGCUGUUUAUCACCAAAAAAAUGUCUUUUUUUAUUUUUUUAAAUUAAGGAUUUGACGUGUAAUUGAAAAUGUUUGUAAUUUUUUUAUUCCUUGUUUUGUUGCAAAAAAACUGUAUAUUUUAUUUUAUUUUUUUUUUUUACUUUUUCUAAAAUUGCUGGAUGUAUAAAUAUAAUUUUUUUUUAAUAAGUUGCAUUAUCCAUUUUAACUUAAAACAAAUGCAGCUUAGUGUGGUGCCAACAGAUAUGAACAUGCACUCACCAAGAUAACGAAAGGACCAAAAUGUUAUUUCCUUGACAAAGACGAUAUCUGUUAUUUUUAAUUGCUUCGUUAGGUAAAGCAAAUCAGUUAUUUUUUAGCGGGACAUAACGCUAGAAUAUUUAUAAUGUUGCCUAAAUUAAUACUUUCCAAUACAGUUAUCUUUCAUCUUAUUAGAAUUAUUUUAAAUAUUUAUGUUUAAGGUUGGACAUUUGGGUGUCAGUUUUCUAAAAGGCCUCUGUUUGGGAAAAAAAAAAAAAGGGAAUGAAGAUUUUUCACAUCCCACUAAGUAAAUUUAAAACUAAAAGUUUUUAAA